ACGCAAUAUGUCGUCCCCGCGCCGUUGACCGCACUAAGAGCAAAAGCGAACGUCAAUACGCUGCCAGCGGGAUUCCAAACCCGCCCUCCUGUUGCGACUGCCGGGCUCGAUUUUUUUUACGUGGGACCGGGACCUGACCGGGUCUACCAGAAACCCACCGCGGCCGAUCUUUGGCCUUCUGUAUUCGGCAUGGCGCCCGCCGACUCUCAGUUCCCGCAAGUUCUGCCCGCCUCGCAGGCGUUUGACUCGGUCAGCCCAGCACCCUACGGCCGGGCAUGUGCGGGAUGCUCGCGUGCCAAAUGCAAAUGUUUUUAUCGCACCGACGGGGCGGAAUGCGAGCGGUAAGUUGAGUCCUCGCCUCGGCACAUGAUCCGAGACGUAAACAAGCCCCUAUCUUACAAGUUACCCCCCAUCUCUCGCACACUCAGCUGCCACCGACUGGGAAAGGCCUGCGAGCCGCCUGCCCCAGUCCGAAAACGCAAAGCUCGCACUCCGCCGCCGCAGCAUCCGCCGCCCGUUGGGCCGAAUUCGCGGCUCGAGGAGAAGCUCGACGACUUGGUCUCGCUGCUGCGCUCACAGGCCGGCGAGAAGCAGCCCCAGCCCCAGCCCCCGCCUCAGCUUGUCUCCACUGACCUCAACACGCCCUCGGCAACACCCGGCACCAUCUACACCAACAACCAGUCCCUACCCGCCACCCCAUCAACGUCGGCCAACUCACAGCCGCAGGUCACCGUCGACACCGACACCAGCGUCAUCCACGUGCUCCGGCCGGCGCCCGACUACCCCAUGUCGCUCUCCCCCAUCCUCGAGGACGUGUCGGCGCACCACUUCCCGGCCCUAGCAGCCGACGCGCAGCUAGAUCUGUUCCGGCGGGUCUUCCUGCCCACGUUCCCGUUCGUGCACCUGCCGGCGUCGAUGACGGCGGCGGACCUGCGGCACCAGAAGCCGUUCCUAUGGCUGGUGGUCAUGUGCUACACCACCAAGAACGCGGCGCGGCAGUUCGCCAUGGAGGAGACGGUGUGGCAGGUCGUCUCACGGCGCGUCGUGGCGCAGCACAUGGCUGACCUCGACCUGCUGCUCGGCAUCGUGUGCUUCGCCUCGUGGUCGCACUACUUCAAGAGGGACAAGCCCUUCAUGGUCAUGCUCGCCCAGCUGGCCCUCGCCAUGGCCGUUGAUCUGGGUAUUGAUCGUGAUGCCCCGCCGGCUAACACCACCCGCCACACCCGCUCCGGCCGCGUCCUCACCCAGCAGGCCCCGCCCAAGCCCCAGACCGCCCGCACCAUGGAGGAGCGCCGCGCCAUGCUCGCCGUGCACCACGUGGCAUCUGCCAUAUGGUCGGCGUACCGCAAGAUCCAGCCACUGCGGUGGACGGCGUACAUGGACGUGUGCCUGGGCAUGGCGGGCGAGGGCCGCGAGACGGCGCUCGACAUAGUACUGGCGACGCAGAUCAAGUGCCAGCUGAUCACGAACCACCUGACGGUGAGCGAGGAGGCCGACGAAGCGGCGGCGGCGGCCACCAAAACCCCCGUGUCGGCGGUGCUGGUCGCGGCGCUGCUGAGCCAGGCCAACGCCGUGCGGCAGAGCGUGCCCGCGCAUAUGCGGUCCCACAAAAUCAUUCAGCUGUACCUGUUCAACACGGACAUCACAAUACAAGAGCGGUACAUCCACAACAGCACCAACGCCAAGGCGGCCACAGGAAGCGGCGGCGGCGUGGCGGCGGGCGGAGGAGACCACAGCGGCAUGGCGCAGCUGCGGCGGGUGCAGGAGCUCGACGCGACACUAACGUCGAUCGAGCGGUGGCUGGCGGCGUUCCGCGGGCUGUCGAUGGAGGAGUGGCUGGGGGUGACGGUCGACGUGUUCGCGCAGAUGAUGCACACGAUGGUGGUGCUGUUCAAGCUGACGACGCUGGCCGACGACGGCGACGGUGAGGCCGACUCGCUAGCCGUGAGCGGGUGGGACGGCGACGCGGUGCGGCGGCGCGCCGACAUGCACGAGAUACUCGACACGUGGCUGCGGCGUGUCGAGCGCAUCCCCGCCGCGCUAGGCCUAGUCGACGCCGACGGCCCGCGCCGCGGCCUCUUCUUCAAGACGCCGUUCCUGCUGCGCGCCAUCAAGGCCCUGUUCAUGGCCGAGACGGGGCCGCCGCGCCGCGCCGCCCCCGCCAACAGCCAUGUCCAGCAGCAGCAGCAGCAACAGCAGCAACAGCAGCAGCAGCAGCAAGCUGUUGACAUCAGCCCUGGUCCCGGUCCAGAUAACAAUAGUGCGGCAACGGCCGGUGCUUCGACUCCCCCGAAUUUUUUGACGCCCGAAGGCAGCGGGCUCGGUGCCGACGGCGGGAGCUACUACAACGUCAACGCGUCGUCCAUGGCAGAGUUUGGCGAGGACUUCCUCAUGAUCCCCGACGACUUUUUGUUGAACUUGGUCAACGAGCCGUAUCUGUCCGACAUUGUCAUGGGCGCGACGUGGGACACGAGUGGCAAUAAUAUGCAGCAACAGCAGCAGCAGGGUGAUUACCAGUAUUAUCAAAACCCUUGACCAGAGGCGCACAGCAUGUGACCGGUCGUCGGGAUUUUCGGACUAGACUUGCCCUAUUGGUAACAACUGUCGUUCUCGUGGGGGGUCUUAUGAUGGAAGAGUUGAACUGUUUUUCAUCUAUUUCUGUACCUAAUUGAAUCUUCCCUUAACUAUUCUGUCCCUAGCUAACAAUAUACAACAAACGGCGAGUUAGUUAGUGUUGGAUUCACCAGGGUACCGGUACUGGACUCAACAGGGCGUGGCUGCACGCCGAAAACUGGUGGUUCAAGUGAUGGAUUGU